AUGAACCCCAACGAUACAGCGCAGCAGCUGCUGCAAAACGAAAAGUUCCUGGAGCUCUUCCAACGAGCACUCGGCGGCGACGGCGGCAGCGGAGAUGUUGCUGAUAUGCUCAAGUCAAUGCCGAAGGAAAGUGAUCCAAAGCGGGAGGAGUGGCUGCGCACCCUACAGUCACGACUGCAGCAGGAAACUGCCAAGGAGGCGAAAAAGGACCUGGAGCAGGUGCACAGCGAUGAGUAUGGUCAGUGGAUGUUUGUGUUGCCGGACCCCGGCUUCUGCAUCAAGACGAACGUCGCCGGUGGGGUGAAGGUAUUUAUUAACGUAUGCCAGCACCCACGCAUCGGGGAGCCGGUGCCGAUGGAGCCAGAUAAGGAAAACGCCGGUCAGGAGGACUCGGCGGAGAUGCGCUACCGCAUCCCGAUCAGCUGCGGCCAAGCGCGGCCCGGCCAGGAUAAAUGUGGAAACCCCUGCAAAGUGUACGACGUCAUCGUCAACCCGUCGACCAUUCAGCGCUGCGGCAACGAUCACGAAUUCCGCCGUUUCGUGGCAGCGCUGUGCAUGCAGUGGAUCAAGCAGAAAUCAGAGCCCACCCUGAACGCUGACGAGUUCCGAAACCUCAACUUCAAGUGCAAAGGCACGCUUGAGCCGCAGCGCAUUCGCCUCUCGGCGCAGCCGAAGGAGCACAAUGCGAUGGGGGACGAGAUCCGCCUGCCGACCGCCGCGGGCAGCGCCACAGCGCCGUCGCAGGUGAUCGGCUCACAGGGAAACGGCAAGCUAAUCCAGGAAGUGCUUCCACCCAACACCACCAACGCGAGCCCGUCUGCGACAGCGAUGGGCACGGCGACGCCUGGCACCGCUGCGUUGAAGCUGGAACCAGCCGUCAAGAGUGUGACGGCCGAGGGCGCGUACAACUGGACCUUGCACAAGAGACCUGCGUCCAACCCGUACUUUAAGGAGAACGUGCCCGCUCACUUCGUCAUCGCGCUCCACCUGCCAGGAGUCCAGACAAUCCGAGAGGUUGACGUGCGCAUCGGCCACCGGCGAGUGGACUGCUACUACAUUGACGAGGUGGCCGAUGGUCAGGAGGAUGACGCAAGGGCGGCUGCAUCCGCUGGAGGUGAUGAAGGUGGGACAGUUGUGUCCAAGAAAGGCUCUGGCGCCUCGCCAUUUCUCUCUUUAACCCUCGACUACCCCGUCUCCGAUGACGUGAUGGAGGCCAAGUACGUCCGGAAGACGUCACUGUUGAAGCUGAAGCUGGCGGUGCAGCUACCCGACGAAACGCAGGCUCCUGCUACUCGCCCGGAGCGUGAUGUGACAGAGGUAGAAGAGGAGGAGCAGGAGCGCGAACAUGCGGCACGUGAAAAGGAGCGGGCCGCCGCCAAGGCACGCAAUGAGCGUCAACGGCAGGAGGAGGCCGCGGUGAUGGCAGAGCGGCGGAGCUACGUGGAAAAUUUGUCCAUGAUGCAAUCUGGUGAUAUCCCGCCCAUUAUUCGGGAUGAAGUGAAUCAGCUGCCGCGCGAGCAGCUGCCGGGCAUGCUUCACCGAUUGGAGGGGCGAAUCCGUAAAGGUGACUCUGUAGAUGCGUUACUGGACAAGUUGCCGGAACCGAUGCUGGAUGCGCUGAUCGACUACAUUCGCGAGAAACUGUCGCUAGAGCCCCGCCCGCGGACGGUGCCGGCUGCGAAAGGAAAAUACAAGGCAGCAUCUCCCUCGGACUCGCAUCAAGCGAAUUCCGCUUCUCCCGUUUCACUGUCGGCAGCCUUGGCUGCCGACGCUGAGCUCUCCAACAAGAAGGCAUCACCGGAGAGCCAGACCGCAAUGCAAGAGUUUAACGUGACGAAGCAGUCCGAGGCGCUCUUCGGCGUUGCCUUUCACAACCGGUACCUCUUUGCACUUGAUUGA